AAUUUCCGUAGCCAAUAAGACUAUGCGCUCGGGAGGAGGUAGCCAAUAGAUGACGGAAAGAGGAAGAGGGAGGACGCGCCAAUUCUCCUGCCUGAGCCUCGGCCCAACAAAAUGGCGGCGGCGGCGGCGUCGCUUUGUUUCCGCGGCUCCUGCGGCGGUGGCUGCGCUAGCGGCCUUUGAGCUGUGGGGAGGACCCAGCACCAGCACCCGUGGCUCCGGAGAUUCCAGUCCACUUCGACCGGAGUCGGGCGCCGGGGAACACGGAACGGCACCCAAGGGUUGCCAAAGCCGAGGAGGCGUCCUAGCAAAAAACAUGACCGCUGAGCCCAUUAGUGAAAGCAAGUUGAAUACAUUGGUGCAGAAGCUUCAUGAUUUCCUGGCACAUUCAUCAGAAGAAUCUGAGGAAACGUGUUCUUCUCCACGACUUGCAGUGAACCAAAGCACAGAUAAAAUUAGUGGUUUUGGAAAUAACUCCGAUAUGAUGGAAAAUAGUAAGGAAGAGGGAACUAGCACCUCAGAAAAAUCCAAAUCUUUAGGAUCUUCCCGAUCAAAGAGGAAACCUUCAAUUGUGACAAAAUAUGUAGAAUCUGAUGAUGAAAAACCUUUGGAUGAGAAUGUAAAUGAAGAAACUUCUAAUGAAAAUUCAGAAAAUGAUAUUACUAUGCAAAGCUUGCCAAAAGGUACAGUGAUUGUACAACCAGAGCCAGUGCUGAAUGAAGACAAAGAUGAUUUUAAAGGGCCUGAAUUUAGAAGCAGAAGUAAAAUGAAAACUGAAAAUCUCAAAAAACGCGGAGAAGAUGGGCUUCAUGGGAUUGUGAGCUGCACCGCUUGUGGACAACAGGUCAAUCAUUUUCAAAAAGAUUCCAUUUAUAGACACCCUUCACUGAAAGUCCUUAUUUGUAAGAAUUGCUUUAAGUAUUACAUGAGUGACGACAUUAGCCGUGACUCAGAUGGAAUGGAUGAACAGUGUAGAUGGUGUGCAGAAGGUGGGAAUUUGAUUUGUUGCGACUUCUGCCAUAAUGCCUUCUGUAAGAAAUGCAUCCUGCGCAACCUUGGUAGAAAGGAGUUAUCUACAAUAAUGGAUGAAAACAAUCAAUGGUAUUGCUACAUUUGUCACCCAGAGCCUCUAUUGGACUUGGUCACUGCAUGUAACAGCGUAUUUGAGAAUUUAGAACAGUUGCUGCAACAAAAUAAAAAGAAGAUAAAAAUUGACAAUGAAAAGAGUAGUAAAGUUUGUGACCAUCCACCCAAAUUUUCUCCGAAGAAGAAUAGUUCCAGUUGUAAUGGAGAAGAAAAGAAAUUAGAUGACUCGUGUUCUGGCUCUGUUACCUAUACUUACUCAGCACUAAUUGUGCCCAAAGAGAUGAUUAAGAAGGCCAAAAAACUGAUUGAGACUACAUCCAACAUGAACUCUAGUUAUAUUAAGUUUCUGAAGCAGGCAGCAGAUAAUUCAGAAUUGAAUUCUGCCUCAAAAUUACGUCAACUUAAGGUUUUUAAAUCUGUGUUGGCUGAUAUUAAGAAGGUUCAUCUUGCAUUAGAAGAUGAUUUGAAUUUUGAGAUUCGAGCUUUGGAUGUUGUACACAAAGAGAAAAAUACCAAAGAGCAUAAAGUCACAGAUGCUAAGUCUGAAACAAGAGUCCGCAAAGGGGAAAAACCUUAUGCCAUGGAAAAGAAAGAAAUUUUAAAGUUAGAUGCUAAAUCAUCAAGAAAAAUGUUAGAGAGUGAGCACAUCCCAGCAGAGGAGCGCAAAGCAAAUAAAAAUACUAGUGGUGAACAUAGGAAAUCUGAUAGGAAAGAAGAACCUCACUAUGAACCUGCGAGCACGUCUGAAGACUUAGACAUGGAUAUUGUCUCUGUUCCUUCCUCAGUUCCGGAAGAUAUUUUUGAGAAUCUUGAGACUGCUAUGGAAGUUCAGAGUUCAGCUGAUUGUCGAGGAGAUGGCAACAGUGGGACUGAGCAAGAAUUGGAGAGCUCAUCUCUAAAAUUAAGUACUCCUGCCAAAGACAGUAGAGGAAGUAUUAAGUCAAAAACCACAGCAAAAGUCACAAAAGAACUCUACGUUAAACUCACCCCUGUUUCCCUUUCUAAUUCCCCAAUUAAAGGUGCUGACUGUCAGGAAAUUGCACAGGAGAAAGAUGGCUCUAAAAGUUCUGGUCUGAACCCCAAGUCAGAGAAAUGUGGACCUGCGCAGGAAAAUAGUGAUGAUGAGCAUUCGCUUGAAAAUGAUGUUCCAGUACUUUUUGAAGAAUCGGAUCUUCGAAGAUCCCCCCGUGUCAAAACUACACCCUUGAGGCGACAGACAGAAACUAACCCUGGAACAUCGAAUUCAGAUGAAGAAGGUAAUGAAACCGUUAAAGAGAAGCAAAAACUGUCAGUGCCUAUAAGAAAAAAGGAUAAGCGAAAUUCUUCUGACAGUACUAUUGGUAAUCCUAAACCUAAUAAAUUGCCUAAAUCUAAGCAACCAGGGAUUGUGGAUCAAAAUUCAGAUUCUGAUGAAAUGCUAGCAGUCCUCAAAGAUGUAAGCCAGAUGAGUCACAGUUCUUCUUCAGAUACUGACAUUAAUGAAACACUUAUAAAUCAUAAGAUUCAAACAGGGAAAGAAGAUAAUGGAAAAAGGAAAAGGAAAAGUUCUACUUCUGGCUCAGAUUUUGACAUUAAGAAAGGAAAAUCAAUUAAAAGCUCUAUAAUCUCUAAAAAGAAACGCCAAAACUACUCAGAGUCUUCUAAUUAUGACUCAGAGUUAGAAAGAGAGAUAAAAAGCAUGAGCAAAAUUGGGGCUGCCAGAAUAACCAAAAAAAGGGUUUUAGAUAAAAAAGAUGGUGACUCUUCUGAAGAUGAAAAGCAUAGCAAAAAGGAAGUGGAUAAUGCAGGGCAGGAAUGUGUGAAGACUGCACAAGAGAGAUCAACUGAUGAUGCUGAAAAGCAAGAGAGAGAGAAUGCCUCUUCAGCGGAAGGUUCAUGUGAGAAAGAUGGUAAGAGUGUGGUGGAAUCGAGAGAGAUGCUGUCUAAGAGGCAGCAACCGAGUGGUUCCUCUGACAGUGCAGAAAAGCCGUCAGGGAGAGAGGACAGUGCAAAUUCUCCUGAAGACAAAAGAGUUGCUAAGAACAAAGAGAAGAAUAAGCACCUGAAAACUAAAACCUGUAGAAAAGCACAAAGUGGCUCAUCCAGUAUUGCUGAUAAAUGUUCAAAGAGAGAGCAGAGUGAUGAAUCCUCUGAAGGCGAGAAGAAGCAGAGCAAGAAGGAAAUGGAAGAAAAAGAAAAGAGAACUACAGACUUGAAGGACAAACCAAUUAAGACAGAGCCCCAGGAUGAUUCUUCAUCUGAUGGUACUGAGAAAUUACCUGAGGGAGAAGAGAUUGGCCAUUUUCCUAAAGGCAUAAAACAAAGUAAAAAUGACACAACAGAUGGGGAAAAGAAAGGCAAAAAACUAAGAAAUAAAAUAUCCAAAAAGAAGGAAGAAUUAUCUGAUAGUAUUGAGAAAUUGCCAGGAAAAGGAGAUAGUUGUGACUCUUCAGAAGAUAAAAAGAACAAGAACAGAACUUCUGGUAGAGAGAAGAAAAAAUGCAGCUUUCCUGAAAAGAGUUCAAGGAAGAAACCAGAGUGUUCGUCAUCUGAUACUGAGAAAUAUUCCUUGAAAGAAGACUGUUGUGACUCUUCUGAUAAGAGACCAAAAAGAAUUGAAUUGAGAGAAAGAAGAAAUUUAAAUUCAAAGAGAAAUACCAAGGAAUUACCAAGUGGUUCAUCAUCAUCUGAUCCUGAGGAAAGUUAUGAAGAUAAGAAAAAGCAGAAGAAACAAAGAACUUCAGCUAAAAAGAAGGCAGGCAAUGCCAAGGAGAAAAGAAGAAAUUCCUUGAGAGCAAGUGCUAAGAGGAAGCAAAGAGACAUUACUUCUUCGUCUUCUGAUAUAGGAGAUGAUGACCAGAAUUCUGCAGGUGAGGGGAGCAGUGAUGAACAGAAAAUAAAGCCUGUGACUGAGGACUCAGUGCCGCCUUCACACACUGGAUUUUGUCAAUCUUCAGGAGAUGAAGCCUUAUCUAAAUCAGUGCCUGUCACAGUGGAUGAUGAUGACGACGACAAUGAUCCUGAGAAUAGAAUUGCCAAGAAGAUGCUUUUGGAAGAAAUUAAAGCCAAUCUUUCCUCUGAUGAGGAUGGAUCUUCAGAUGAUGAACCAGAAGGAGAGAAAAAAAGAACUGGAAAACAAAAUGAAGAAACCCCAGGAGAUGAGGAAUCCAAAAAUCAAGUCAAUUCUGAAUCAGAUUCAGAUUCUGAAGAAUCUAAGAAGCCAAGAUACAGACAUAGGCUUUUGAGGUACAAACUGACUGUGAGCGAUGGAGAAUCUGGAGAAGAAAAAAAGACAAAGCCCAAGGAACAUAAAGAAGCCAAAAGCAGAAAUAGAAGAAAGGUGAGCAGUGAAGAUUCAGAAGAUUCUGAUUUUCAGGAGUCAGGAGUUAGUGAAGAAGUCAGUGAAUCUGAGGAUGAGCAGCGACCAAGAACAAGGUCUGCAAAGAAAGCAGAAUUGGAAGAAAAUCAGCGGAGUUACAAACAGAAAAAGAAAAGACGACGCAUAAAGGUUCAAGAAGAUUCAUCUAGUGAAAAUAAGAGCCAUUCUGAAGAAGAACGAAAAGAAGAAGAGGAAGAGGAGGAAGAGGAGGAGGAAGAUGAAAAUGAUGAUUCUAAGUCACCUGGAAAAGGCAGAAAGAAAAUUCGGAAGAUUCUUAAAGAUGAUAAACUAAGAACAGAAACACAGAAUGCCCUUAAAGAAGAGGAAGAGAGGCGAAAACGUAUUGCAGAGAGGGAGCGUGAGAGAGAGAAAUUAAGAGAGGUAAUAGAAAUUGAAGAUGCUUCGCCUACCAAGUGUCCAAUAACAACAAAAUUGGUUUUAGAUGAAGAUGAAGAAACCAAAGAACCUUUAGUUCAGGUUCACAGAAACAUGGUUAUAAAAUUGAAACCACAUCAAGUAGACGGUGUUCAGUUUAUGUGGGAUUGCUGCUGUGAGUCCGUGAAAAAAACAAAGAAAUCUCCAGGUUCAGGAUGUAUUCUUGCCCACUGCAUGGGCCUUGGUAAGACUUUGCAGGUGGUAAGUUUUCUUCACACAGUUCUUUUGUGUGACAAAUUGGAUUUCAGCACAGCGUUAGUAGUUUGUCCGCUUAAUACUGCUUUGAAUUGGAUGAAUGAAUUUGAGAAGUGGCAAGAGGGAUUAAACGAUGAUGAAAAGCUUGAGGUCUCUGAAUUAGCAACUGUGAAACGUCCUCAGGAGAGAAGCUACAUGCUACAGAGGUGGCAAGAAGAUGGUGGAGUUAUGAUCAUAGGGUAUGAGAUGUACAGAAAUCUUGCUCAAGGAAGGAAUGUGAAGAGUCGGAAACUUAAAGAAAUAUUUAACAAAGCUUUAGUCGAUCCAGGCCCUGAUUUUGUUGUUUGUGAUGAAGGCCAUAUUCUAAAAAAUGAAGCAUCUGCUGUUUCAAAAGCCAUGAACUCUAUUAGAUCAAGGAGGAGGAUUAUUUUAACAGGAACACCACUUCAAAAUAACCUAAUUGAGUAUCAUUGUAUGGUUAACUUUAUCAAGGAAAAUUUACUUGGAUCCAUCAAGGAGUUCAGGAAUAGAUUUAUCAAUCCAAUCCAAAAUGGUCAGUGUGCAGAUUCUACCAUGGUAGACGUGAGAGUGAUGAAAAAACGUGCUCAUAUUCUCUAUGAGAUGUUAGCUGGAUGUGUUCAGAGGAAAGAUUAUACAGCAUUAACAAAGUUUUUGCCUCCAAAACAUGAAUAUGUGUUAGCUGUGAGAAUGACUGCUAUCCAAUGCAAGCUCUAUCAGUACUACUUAGAUCACUUAACAGGUGUAGGUAAUAGCAGUGAAGGUGGAAGAGGAAAGGCAGGUGCGAAGCUCUUCCAAGAUUUCCAGAUGUUAAGUAGAAUCUGGACUCAUCCUUGGUGUUUGCAGCUGGACUACAUUAGCAAAGAAAAUAAGGGUUAUUUUGAUGAAGAUAGUAUGGAUGAAUUUAUAGCUUCAGAUUCCGAUGAAACUUCUAUGAGCUUAAGCUCAGAUGAGUAUGCAAAAAAGAAGAAAACAAAGGGGAAAAGGGGGAAAAAGGAUAGUAGCUCAAGUGGAAGUGGCAGUGACAAUGAUGUUGAAGUCAUCAAAGUCUGGAACUCAAGAUCUAGAGGAGGUGGUGAAGGAAAUGUGGAUGAAACAGGAAACAACCCUUCAGUUUCUUUGAAGCUGGAAGAGAGUAAAACUGCUUCCACCUCUAACCCAAGUAGCCCAGCUCCAGACUGGUACAAAGAUUUUGUUACGGAUGCCGAUGCUGAGGUUUUAGAGCAUUCUGGAAAAAUGGUACUUCUUUUUGAAAUUCUUCGAAUGGCAGAAGAAAUUGGGGAUAAAGUUCUUGUUUUUAGCCAAUCUCUCAUAUCUUUGGACUUGAUUGAAGAUUUUCUUGAAUUGGCUAGUAGGGAGAAAACAGAAGAAAAGGAUAAACCUCUCAUUUAUAAAGGUGAAGGGAAGUGGCUCCGAAAUAUUGACUAUUACCGCUUAGAUGGUUCUACUACUGCACAGUCGAGGAAGAAAUGGGCUGAAGAAUUUAAUGAUGAAACUAAUGUGAGAGGGCGAUUGUUUAUCAUUUCCACCAAAGCAGGAUCUCUUGGGAUUAAUCUGGUAGCUGCUAAUCGAGUGAUUAUAUUUGAUGCUUCUUGGAAUCCAUCUUAUGACAUCCAGAGCAUAUUCAGAGUUUAUCGCUUUGGACAAACUAAGCCUGUUUAUGUAUAUAGGUUCUUAGCUCAGGGAACCAUGGAAGAUAAGAUUUAUGAUCGUCAGGUAACUAAGCAGUCACUGUCUUUUCGAGUUGUUGAUCAACAGCAAGUUGAGCGUCAUUUUACCAUGAAUGAGCUUACUGAGCUUUAUACCUUUGAGCCAGACUUGUUAGAUGACCCUAAUUCAGAAAAGAAGAAGAAAAGGGAUACCCCUAUGUUGCCGAAGGAUACCAUACUUGCGGAACUUCUUCAAAUACAUAAAGAACACAUUGUUGGAUAUCAUGAACACGAUUCUCUUUUGGACCACAAAGAAGAAGAGGAGUUGACUGAAGAAGAAAGAAAAGCAGCUUGGGCUGAAUAUGAAGCAGAAAAGAAGGGACUGACCAUGCGUUUCAACAUACCAACUGGGACCAAUUUACCCCCUGUCACUUUCAACUCUCAGACUCCUUAUAUUCCUUUCAAUUUGGGAGCCCUGUCAGCAAUGAGUAAUCAACAGCUGGAGGACCUUAUUAAUCAAGGAAGAGAGAAAGUUGUGGAAGCAACGAACAGUGUGACAGCAGUGCGGAUUCAGCCUCUGGAAGAUAUCAUUUCAGCUGUAUGGAAAGAAAACAUGAAUCUCUCAGAAGCCCAAGUCCAAGCACUAGCAUUAAGUAGGCAAGCCAGCCAGGAGCUUGAUGUUAAACGAAGAGAAGCAAUCUACAGUGAUGUGUUGACAAAACAACAGAUGUUAAUCAACUGUGUUCAGCGAAUACUUAUGAACAGAAGGCUCCAGCAGCAGUACAAUCAGCAGCAACAACAACAACUGACUUAUCAGCAAGCAACACUGGGUCACCUCAUGAUGCCAAAGCCUCCAAAUUUAAUCAUGACUCCUUCUAACUACCAGCAGAUUGAUAUGAGAGGAAUGUAUCAGUCAGUGGCUGGUGGUAUGCAGCCACCACCCUUACAGCGUGCACCACCCCCAAUGAGAAGCAAAAAUCCAGGACCUUCCCAAGGGAAAUCAAUGUGAUUUUGCACUAAAAAUUUAAAGGAUUAUUAAAAUCAUAGAAAGAUCUUUUAUUUUUUUAGGAAUCAUGACUUAACAGAACUCAACUGUAUAAAUAGUUUGGACCCCUUAAAAGCCAAUCUUCCAUAUUAGUUUAAAAUUUUUUUAAAUAGGGCAUACCAUUUCUCCCUGACAUUUGUCAGUGAUGUUGCCUAGAAUCUUCUUACACACAUUGAGUACAGAAGAUAUUUCAAAUUGUUUUCAGUGAAAACAAGUCCUUCCAUAACAGUAAGAGCUCCACAGAUUUCCUCUCUAAAUUUUUAUGCCUGCUUUUAGCAACCGUAAAAUUGUCAUAAAAUUAAUGAAUUUAGAAAUAAAGAUUUAUAUAUUCGCUCUUUACAGAUAAAAAUACACAGCUGAGUUCUUAGAGUUGAUUCCUCAAGUUAGAAAAUGCUUUUGUACUUAAUCCAUUUCCCGAUUAGAGUGAUUGAAAUGGUCUUAACGUUCUUUUGACUGAAUCUGAAACUGGGUUCCUGCUCUAUCAUCUCUGUGAUUGAAAGUUAGAAACUAAGGGUUAUCUUUGAUACAGAAGUGCGUGCAAUAUUCUUCAGUAGUACUACUCUCUAAAGCUAGAGGAGUCUUGCAGUUAUCUUAGCAUUGUAUAAACAGCCUUAGGUACAGUCUAAGAAGAGAAAAGUCCUUUUCCUUCUUUAGUCUUUCUGCCAUUUUUAUUCUCAGUUGUAUGUGCUGAAAUAAUUACUGGUAAGAUUUCAGGGUUGUAGAUUUUUCUUCCGCACAUGAAUUUUCUCUCUCCUGGCACUAGUAGAAAGCACAUCUCUCACCUGCAUUGUGCCAGUGCUAGUGCUUCAUCCUGUUGCUGGCAGUGGGAUGUGGACGCAGAAAAUCAAGUUUUUAAGAGGUUAGUGUUGAAAUUGUGGUUGUUAGGCUGACACCCUGUUUUAUAAACAAUAUCAAAAUGGCAGAACCAUUGCUGACAUUUAAGUUCACAGUACUGUCAGUAUUGUGAAAUAGUCCUCUUAACGAUAAGGAUCACUGGCUUUUACGCUCUUUUUUCUCAUUGCCGUGAUUCUUUCCCCAAUUUCUUUACAUUUUAAUAGUUUUCAAGUUUGAUUUUUUUUCCCAGUUUUGAUCUCUGGGGUGAUUUUCCCUAGUCAGUUCACCCAAUACCCUUGUAAGAGAUGUUUACUAGAAAAUUAUUGACUUUUUUUCUUAACUCACAUUUGUAAAAAAAUAAUUAUAGGAUUUUAUCCAUGUUCAGUUUGGUUGCUUGAGUUUCCCCAGUAUAAACCUUGCUUUUGAUCAUAGGAGUCAUCUCAUCAUGGCAAAACUAUUUUUGAGAUGGUGAUGUAAUAGGUACUAGAAACAGCUAAAAGAAAAAAGCUGGUUGGAGAUUUGACUAGGUAUCACAAGAUUCAGUUGAAUUUAACAUGGACUAAAACGAUUUUGAGUUGUUUGGAUGACGAAAGAUUUCCAUUUUUAUCUUGGAAGAACUCUAGUGGUAAAUAAUCAAUACCCUGGGUUUAUGAUCAAAAAUUGGUGCGAUUUGGUGGACCCAGCUCCCCGCUUCCCAUAGUAAAAUACUACUACUGAGUUCUACAUAUUCAGAUAUUAUGCCAGCCAUAUAAUUGAGUAUAUUUAAUAUGGAGGGCAGAUGUGUGUUUACUUUAGAAGAAAUGAAAGAGGCAAGAUUUAUGAGAUAGAUAUUUGAAAGCAGUGUGCUCUGGCAAACUGUUAUCAGUUGGUAUUUCUACAAGUCCAGAAUACUUUAAACCUGAUUUACUAGACCUGAGAAUUUUCAACAUGGUCUAAUUAUUUACUCAAAGACAUAG